AUGUUCAACUUGGCUACUUCUCACCGCUUCUGCUUGCCAUCUCAUGACCUCACCAAGAACCUCGCACAGCGUACAGAGAACUGCGUAUAUUCCUCAUGUGACGCCUUCGCCGACCUCACGGUUCCUCUCAAAGGUCUAAGAGGACCUUUCAAGGAAUCCAAAGGGCCUUUCAAGGGAUCUAUACAGCUUCCGAAGGACCUCUUACGCCCGUCAUGUGACACUAUAGCUGAAGACAUCGAGGGCCAAGAGACAAAACCAGUCAUCCGCUCUGUUUCUUUCAAGAACGGCGACGAGGACGAAUACAUAGGCACUGCGACCUAUACGCAUGUUCACCCUCAAGCUGAUCAGAAAGGAUUGUGGGAUAGGUGGACGUUGCUGGAGAAAGCCUGCAUCGAGUUCACUCUUGACAGUGCUCGACUCGCCCAAGGAGAUCGUCGACCUGGCUCACCGCGUCCAGAGCUAUUCGAACGUUUAGGCGCGAAAAGGUGGUACGACUUCGCCAACUGGUACAGUUCCAAGUCCAUGGGUUACCCUCUGCACGUCCCUGUUCGCCUUUUCGAAGUUUCUGACAAGGAGACCAAGGAUAGGGAAGAACCUUUCGUAGAAUGCAGAGCCAUCUUCUUGUUCACUCACGACAGGUUUGAACGCAAUCUCGACAUUCUUGCUUCGGAAUUCCACAACUGCACGAGGUUGGAUUACGUCUGUCGAUUUGGCAAAGAUGGAAAGCCGUUCGCCUUCGGUGGUGACAAAGAGGAACAGGCUGCCUCCUCUAUGUCCUUCAAUCAAGCUCCCGAAGACGAGUUGUCGUUCACGAACUUCAGCUUCUCGUACUUCUCGAACAAGUACUUCCCGAACGAGGGAACUGACCUGCAAACUCCCGAAGGCAGCGGGGCAUCCACGAAAUCUGGGGUUUAG